AUGCCAGAUCUCGACGCAUCUUCCGUGAGACAAGAAAAUGGGCACCAUGGUCUUCUUGCAAGGGCCAUGGACCUGCUCCAUCGCACGCCACUGAUAGACGGCCACAAUGACUUUCCGUAUAUACUCCGCGGCCUUCACAGUGGCGGUGACAAUGAUGCAUCGCUGAUUAUAAGUGAGAUGCCCAUCGGGCAGACUGAUCUAACCCGCCUGGAGAAGGGUAGACUUGGUGGCCAAUUCUGGAGUGCAUUCGUCCCAUGCUCUCGCGAUAAAGCUCUUGACGCGGACCUUGUCGCUGUCCGAGAUACACUGCAGCAAAUCGACCUCAUCCACCGGCUCAUUGCACAGAACCCGCGCCGCCUAGCUUUCGCCCACGACUCGGCUUCUGUCUGGGAAGCAUUCCACUCCGGCCGUAUCGCCAGCUUAAUCGGCGUUGAAGGCCUGCACCAGAUUGGCGGGAGCUUCAGCGCACUACGCCUGCUUCAUCGCCUCGGUGUACGAUACAUUACGCUGUGUCACGACUCGCACAAUGAAUUCGUCGACUCUUCGACACCGGCCGAGCCGCUUCAUGGAGGCUUGUCAAAGAGCGGCGAAGAAGUGAUACGAGAGAUGAAUCAGACGGGCUUAAUAAUCGAUCUGUCGCAUACCAGCCACGACACGCAGCGCCACGUCCUCCAAGCCUCACAUGCCCCCGUCAUCUUCUCCCACUCAUCAUGUUUCGCCCUCAAGCCGCACCCGCGCAACGUCCCCGAUGACAUUCUCCGCUCCCUCGCUGCCAACAACGGCGUCGUCAUGAUUUGCUUCCUCCCCUCGCUGUCCGGCCUCGCCACGACCGACCCGCCCACACCCGCCACCGUCGCCACCGUCGCCGACCACGUCGUCCACGUCGGCGAGAGGAUUGGCUACGCGCAUGUCGGCAUCGGCAGCGACUUUGACGGCAUGCUCGAGGGACCCGCGGGACUGGACGACGUGUCAGCAUACCCGGCGCUCGUGGCGGAGCUCAUGCGGCGCGAGCUGAGCGACGAGAUACUGGCGGGCAUAUUGGGAGGGAACGUGCUGCGCGUGCUGGACGACGUUGCGCGGUAUGCAAGUGUCGCUUCUCGACGUCCAGAGGCGGCAGAUGGCAGGGUUUGCGACAGCAUUGAUGUCGUGUGGACGCCAGAGCAGCAAAAGAUGUUGACGGACAAGGGCAUUGAGAGGCGAGCGGCCGCGCAUUUGGGCUAG